AUGACCCCCUUGAAGAUGCUGCUCCUGGUCACCCUCCUCCUGGGGGCUUCUCUGCAGGACACCCGUGCAGCUCGAGGGACGGGUGUGGGCCUGGAGUGCUGCCAGGAGUACUUCCACGGGAUCAUCCCCAUCAGAAAGCUGGUGAGGUGGUACAGGACCUCAGAGGAGUGUUCCAGAGCCGCCAUUGUGUUUGUAACCGUCCAGGGCAAGUAUAUCUGUGUGGACCCCAAGGACACCAAGGUGAAGAGGACAGUCAAAUACUUGAACAUCAUUAGGUCAUAA